UUGCAAGCAAAUAUAGAGGCGGAGCAUUCAAUCUCCCACUCUCCUCGUUCUUAUCGACGCUUUCUUCUUCAAAUCUCAACCCCCCUUUCUCUCUCUCUAUCUGCAUUUCUUCUCUCAAACCUUCCAUUGUUCUCUGCAUUUCCAUUGGGUUUUGGUUCGGAGAUGGAGACGACCAUGAAUGUUUGCAAAUCCGUAAUCUCGCCUCCAGGCUUAUUUGUGGGGACACCUCAAGGAAUCAGGAGUUCUCAAUGUAGUUUUAUGGUGGGAAAGAAGGUGAACUUUCCUAGGCAAGUAGCUCAGGUUGCACAAGUUCGCAGUAAGUCUAAGAAACAUGGGGGAGCUCUAGGUGCUACAUGUCGUAAUGACAAAAUCCUGGUGGCAAACAGAGGAGAAAUUGCUGUGCGUGUGAUUCGAACUGCUCAUGAGAUGGGGAUACCUUGUGUUGCAGUUUACUCAACCAUAGACAGGGAUGCGCUUCAUGUAAAAUUGGCUGAUGAAUCAGUUUGCAUAGGUGAAGCACCAAGCAGUCAAUCGUAUUUAUUGAUCCCAAAUGUUCUAUCAGCUGCAAUAAGUCAUGGAUGUACAAUGCUUCACCCUGGAUAUGGGUUCCUUGCUGAAAAUGCAACUUUUGUUGAAAUGUGCAGAGAGCAUGGAAUCAACUUUAUUGGACCUAAUCCUGACAGUAUUCGUGUUAUGGGUGACAAAUCAACUGCUAGAGACACAAUGAAGAAUGCCGGUGUUCCUACUGUACCAGGAAGUGAUGGAUUGUUAAAGAGCACAGAAGAAGGUAUCAAGCUUGCCAAUGAGAUUGGCUAUCCUGUGAUGAUCAAGGCAACAGCUGGUGGUGGAGGACGUGGAAUGCGCCUUGCUAAAGAACCUGAUGAGUUUGUGAAAUUGUUACAGCAAGCAAAGAGUGAAGCUGCAGCUGCAUUUGGAAAUGAUGGAGUUUAUCUGGAAAAAUACAUUCAAAAUCCAAGGCACAUUGAGUUCCAGGUUCUUGCAGAUAAGUUUGGAAAUGUGGUCCACUUUGGAGAGCGUGAUUGCAGCAUUCAGAGAAGGAACCAGAAGCUCUUGGAAGAAGCACCGUCUCCUGCAUUGACCUCAGAGUUGCGGAAAGCCAUGGGUGAUGCAGCAGUUGCAGCAGCAGCAUCUAUAGGUUAUAUUGGUGUUGGCACGGUUGAGUUCCUUUUGGAUGAAAGAGGUUCCUUUUACUUUAUGGAAAUGAAUACUAGGAUCCAGGUUGAGCAUCCUGUGACAGAAAUGAUUUCGUCUGUUGACUUGAUUGAGGAACAAAUUCGUGUAGCUAUGGGAGAGAAACUUCACUACAAACAGGAAGACAUUGUGCUUAGAGGUCAUUCAAUUGAAUGCCGUAUUAAUGCUGAGGACGCUUUUAAAAACUUCAGACCUGGGCCAGGGAGAAUAACAGCAUACUUGCCGGCUGGAGGCCCAUUUGUGAGAAUGGAUAGCCAUGUUUAUCCUGAUUAUGUGGUUCCCCCAAGCUAUGAUUCCCUUCUUGGAAAGCUUAUUGUAUGGGCUCCAACAAGGGAGAGGGCAAUUGAACGCAUGAAAAGGGCUCUUAAUGACACUGUUAUUACAGGGGUUCCUACAACCAUUGAUUACCAUAAACUUAUACUUGAUAUUGAGGACUUCAGAAAUGGCAAGGUUGAUACAGCCUUUAUUCCUAAGCAUGAGGAGGAGUUAGCAGCGCCCCUAGCAAUCGUGAAUGCGACAGUAGCUUGAAUUUAUAGGCGGAAUCUGUCGUAGUUGAAGCAGAGUCAUGUUGGAAUUGGUAGAACGUUUACAACAGGAAACAUUAUUGCUUUUCACGGUCUCAUUUUUUCCUUUAGAAUAAAAAGCUUUUGUUUAUUUAGUACAGUGAAUUGUAAGAGGAUGUUUGUUUUAUGUUUGGGGAAAAAGAAAAUUGCUGUGUUGUUGAAAUGAAAAUGAUUUUGACGAGGUUAGCCGUGCUGCUACCCAGCCUUUGCGUA